AGCAAGCUCAACCUCCUCCAACCUCUUGAGACCUUCUCCCGACUUCACCUCCAAGCUUCGCGAUCGGCUCCUAUAUUCUCUUUUGCCCCUUCCUUCAACCGUCCGAUUACCGAUCCAUCGCCCAUCAUGGCGGACCCUCGCGAGUCCUCAUCGUACUCGGUCAUUCCCAGAAUUCGAUACAACACUGUUGGCGGCGUCAACGGUCCCCUCGUCAUCCUCGAUAAUGUUAAAUUUCCGCGAUACAAUGAGAUCGUGACACUCACUCUUCCCGAUGGCACUGAGCGCUCAGGCCAAGUCUUGGAAGCUCGAGGUGAUCGAGCUGUCGUCCAGGUCUUUGAGGGUACUUCCGGCAUCGAUGUGAAGAAGACCAAGGUUCAGUUUACAGGCCAGAGUUUGAAAAUCGGUGUCUCUGAAGACAUGCUUGGUCGUAUCUUUGAUGGUUCCGGUCGAGCUAUUGAUAAGGGCCCCAAGGUGUUGGCUGAAGAUUAUCUUGACAUCAACGGUUCUCCUAUUAACCCUUAUUCUCGUGAAUAUCCCGAGGAGAUGAUUUCCACAGGUAUCUCUGCCAUUGACACCAUGAACUCGAUUGCCCGAGGACAAAAGAUUCCCAUUUUUUCCGCCUCUGGUUUACCUCACAACGAAAUCGCUGCCCAGAUUUGCCGACAGGCUGGCCUCGUCCAGAAGCAGGGCAUCACUAACAAGGGCGUUCAUGACGGCCACGAGGAGAAUUUCUCGAUCGUCUUCGGUGCUAUGGGUGUUAACUUGGAAACUGCCCGUUUCUUCACCCGCGACUUUGAGGAAAACGGCAGUCUGGAGCGUGUUACACUCUUCCUGAACCUCGCCAACGAUCCUACCAUCGAACGUAUCAUUACUCCUCGUCUUGCUCUUACCACUGCCGAAUAUUACGCCUACCAACUCGAGAAGCACGUUUUGGUCAUCCUUACCGAUCUUUCUGCUUACUGUGAUGCUCUCCGAGAAGUUUCAGCCGCUCGAGAAGAAGUUCCCGGUCGUCGCGGAUACCCUGGUUACAUGUACACUGAUUUGUCCACCAUCUACGAACGAGCCGGUCGUGUUGAGGGCCGCAAUGGUUCCAUUACUCAGAUUCCCAUUCUGACCAUGCCCAACGAUGAUAUCACCCACCCCAUUCCUGAUCUGACAGGUUACAUUACCGAGGGUCAGGUGUUCAUUGACCGAGCUCUGGACAACCGUGGAAUCUACCCGCCCAUCAAUGUUCUGCCUUCGCUGUCCCGUCUGAUGAAGUCUGCCAUUGGUGAGGGCAUGACUCGAAAGGACCACGGUGAUGUUUCGAACCAACUGUACGCCAAGUACGCUAUUGGUCGUGAUGCCGCAGCCAUGAAGGCUGUCGUUGGUGAGGAGGCCUUGUCUGCUGAGGACAAGCUGUCCCUCGAGUUCUUGGAGAAGUUCGAGCGUCAGUUCAUCAGCCAGGGCCAGUACGAGUCUCGAUCUAUUUAUGAGUCUCUGGACCUUGCAUGGAGCCUUCUCCGUAUUUACCCUAAGGAGUUGCUCAACCGUAUUCCCGCCAAGGUUCUCAACGAGUUCUACCAGCGAGCUGCAAAGGAGUCUAAGGCCAAGGGUAAGGCUCGGGCAGAUACUGAGGCCCGAAGCCAGCAGCAGACGGAAGAGAACCUUAUUGACGCAUGAGGGGACGACUUGUCGGCAUUUUGAUAGAUAGUAUAAUGAGCGCGCACACAAGGCUGAUGGAAGAGCAGAGAGAGAAAUGUUUUUAGCUGAUUGUUUUCACGCUGUUGUUGAGGGAGGCUGUAGAGCAGAGCAAGAGUAGGUAUAUGGGCGAAGAUAGGGGGCGAGCCAAUGCAAUUCAACCGAUCCUCAACCUGACCCUGAUGUCUCAUGAUUGAUUACCUGAGCCAAGAGGAGCAUGACUUGCCAUGGUGAUGAGAACA